AACGAGGGCCAGAAAGCUGCUUCAGCGGGAAACACUUCAGACUGUGUCCAACAGCCGGUCGUGGAUAAGUGUGAGACCAUCCAUGUUGCCAUCGUAUGUGCAGGCUACAACGCCAGUCGAGAUGUGGUGACACUGGUUAAAUCGGUCCUUUUCCACAGGUAAAGUUAUGGGGUAAUAAGUUAGGAACAGAAAAGCAUGCAUUCAUAUGCUACAAUGAAGACCAAAUGACCUUAUGGAGCUCUUAAAGAAAACAUAGCAUAAAGGACACUUUUCUAGUGUUGUAUCAGUGGGAGACAUUAAUACUCAUUAAUACUCCAUGUACUGUAGCUUCUGCAUGUGUAUGCACUACAUACAGUACCACAUACAGUACCACAUACAGUACCACCGUGCUCUGAUAUAACGGAAGAUGUAGUACCUUCUUGGUCUUUGCUUUAUUGAGUUUCUAUUUGGUUAGUGACUGACCAUGUCAGUCAGUCAUGGUUGACCACUCCAGAUUUGCUUCAGCGUGAAAGCGCCACUCAGGUGUGGUUAAACCACAGCGAGGUUGACCAGGCAGGGUGAGGGGGCCCCUUCGCAAACGAUUUGAGUAAUUGGGUCAAGCCCUUUUCAUAAUUAGAGCAAAUGUCCUAAGCCUUUCCUUUCAUUAGUCUUUUGAUUUAUUCCCUCGUGUAAGCCGCGGAUGGGGGCGGGGACUGAGCUUGGUGGACUGUUGCGGGUCAGAACAAACCACAUUAGGACUGAUGGCUUGAGUAUCUGCGGCCAAAUGAGUUUUCCAAACAAGCAUAAAAGUUUGUUCCAAUCCGCCGCUUUGACGCAUAAGCCCAUGCAAGCGCUGAGCGGAGAACAUAAUGCAUGUUUAUGAUGUUCUGCCAGGCUGGGGGUGCACUUUAUCAACACUUUAUGUAUGAGUCGACUCGGGCAGGGUCGCUACAGAUUAUUGAUGCACAGCCUUAGAAUGUUUGCUAUGAGUUAGCCUUUUUAAAGGGGAUGUUGAGUUGACGCUAAUGGAGGAUGACUUUGGCAGGUCAACAGACGUAUUCUGUGCUCAAUGUGCUGAUGAUUUCAGAUUUGGACAGGCAUGACCUUUUUUUGUUUUUGGAUUUAGCCAAGGAACGGUAACCAAUAGCAUGGCUAAUAUGCCGACCCCUCAGGGCAAUGUGGAAUCAAAUGAGGGCUUUAACUGUUGACUCACUGUUGUUUUGCCACUGAGUGACAAAUAUUCGAGCAGACAGAGCCCUGGGAGAUCAGCCAUGUUGUCCUGUCAUCUUAUAGUCCUGAACCUGAAAGGAGUGGAUGAGAUGAGCCAUGGGUUGCCAAACACCACAGGACUCUGCCAUUAUAGGGCUGCGGCGUUUAUUAAAUAGUCGCUCCCUCCCGCUGUACUGCCCUCCUCAAUAUCGAUGUCUGAUGAAGUAUUGGGCAGGGGCGUCGCUUGGUUCUGAGGACGGGGGGAGGGGGGCUUAGCCUCCUGGAGAUGCACAGGAUAUGAAUGUGACGCGAUGUGAGCCGUGAUCGCCUAUACAUCUUUUUUUCAUGUCAUUUAUAUUUUUUCCUUUUUUGUAAAAUGGGAAAUGCUAGGUUCAUGGUUCCAUCUGCUGUUAUCUGCUGUGGGCUGGAGCUAACUAAUUGCUAGCAGCAGUGAUGAAUACUUACUUUUUAAAAACCUUUGUAUAGCCAUUCUUCGACUGCUGCUCUAGCCAAUAGUUGGCUCUGUGUGCUGCAAAGGUAGGUACACACGCUGCAACGUGCUGCAGGGAAACCAUGGACUGGAUCUCAGUGAUGUGGGGGUCCUCUACACGGCCAAGUGGAAUGGACUGGGUCAUGGCGCAGUACCUUACCUAUACCUUACACCGUCAAAUGAAGGGAAAUGGACAGAUUUAGAAUUAUAAAUUAAUGACAGGUAAUGUGAAUAUUUAUUUUAACUCCCUAUUAUAUAACAUUUGUCAGAUUUUGGGGGGGAAAAAUCAUUUUUUUUAAUCAAUAUAUAUUUUUUUAAUCAAUAAAAAAAUAUGAAUUUAUUUUGAUAUUGAGGCCCCCUAAAAUGGACCUAAUGACGCCACUGGUAUUGGGUAUGAAAUAAAUUUCCAAUUGCGAAUCAUUUCCUCCUAUUUUCAGUGGUGUUACGUAUUGUUACGUAACAAAGUCCUCCAAUUGCGGCUUAUCUUCAACGUGAACUGCUACCAAAACCUAAAGCUAUCGGCACAAAAUUGCGUUUGGAGCGCUGACAUGAUGAUGCAAUUACAGUGAUGAGAAGGUGAAGGUUCUUGCUCAGAAAUCUCCUAUCCACUCAUAGAUGACCAGAGUACCAUAAAUCAGUGCCGGUCCUCCUUGGAUCCAAGAUAAGAUUGUAAAGAUUAGACCAUCGUAGCGUGACCCUGAUUAUCUGCACGUACUGACACGUUUGCUUUUCCUACCCGCCAGGAUCCAGUAACAGGAAUGCUGUGUUGCUCUUGCUGACAACUUGAAUCUCUGUUGUGCAUCUCACGGACUUCUAGAGUCCAUCGCAGCUGACGCAUUGAUUCCUAAAGUCAUUCACUAUACAAGAUCCUGAUGCUGGCAUCCUCUGUUAGGUUUCUGGAAUUCCUGACGACCUAUGGAGAACAUACCACCCUCAACACACACGGGCUGAUGUUUUGUGAAAUGCAUUUAGCAGCAUAAAUCCCGUUAAGCUGUCUCAUCUCAUUUCAAAGGAGUCCCUGGAUAAAAAGAUACACUUCCUCCUGGGUCGGAGUUUAUUGUCUCCUCUGUACGAGCUUUGGCCAUCCUGUCUGAUGAAUCAUCUCCUUCAUGGUAUUGUGUCCCCCGAGGCCUUAACGCACGCUCACUCUAAACCAUAAUAUUUAAAUUAGCAAAAACAAUCUCCACUAAUGGUCUACGGAGUUGCUUGCUCUAGAGGUUUCAUGCAUAUCACAUCGUCUUCAUCAGCAGAUGAAGUUUAGCUGCAUGGUGCGAGUGUACAGGGAGCCCUUGGCAGCUCCCGAAUGCUCAUCAAGCACUGGCUUGGUCCACCGCGAUCGUCUACAGUCCUGCCUGAAUAUAGUACAUAUUCGGAAAACACGGCGGAACCCCCUUCAUUUCCAUUUCAUCACAGACUCCAUAGCUCAGCAAAUCCUGUCCUCGCUCUUCCACACCUGGAUGGUUCCUGCUGUUCGGGUCGACUUCUACGACGCAGAUGAACUGAAGUCCGAGGUGUCGUGGAUCCCAAACAAACAUUAUUCCGGAAUCUACGGUCUGAUGAAGUUGGUGCUCACAAAGACGCUCCCGUCUAAUCUACAAAAAGUCAUCGUUCUGGACACAGACAUCACAUUCGCCACGGACAUCGCCGAGCUCUGGGCUGUCUUCCACAAGUUUAAAGGCCAGCAGGUUCUGGGUCUGGUGGAGAACCAGAGUGACUGGUACCUGGGAAACCUGUGGAAGAACCAUCGGCCCUGGCCUGCAUUGGGGAGGGGCUUCAACACUGGGGUGAUUUUGCUUCUCCUCGAUCGACUCCGAAAGCUGAGAUGGGAGCAGAUGUGGCGGUUGACUGCGGAGCGGGAAUUAAUGAGCAUGUUGUCCACUUCAUUGGCAGAUCAGGAUAUCUUCAAUGCUGUCAUCAAGCAGAAUCCAUUCCUGGUUCACCAGCUUCCAUGCUUCUGGAACGUUCAGCUCUCUGACCACACCCGCUCUGAGAAGUGCUACAAAGAUGUGUCGGACCUCAAGGUCAUCCACUGGAACUCUCCUAAGAAACUACGAGUGAAGAACAAGCACGUGGAGUUUUUCCGUAAUCUCUACCUGACCUUCCUGGAGUACGACGGCAACCUGCUACGGCGAGAGCUGUUUGGCUGCCCCAGUGAGGCCGACCACAACAGCGAGAAUCUCCAGAAGACGCUGUCCGAGUUGGAUGAAGACGAUCCAUGCUACGAGUUCCGUCGGGAGAGAUUCACCGUCCACAGAACGCACCUUUACUUCCUCCACUAUGAGUACCAAGUCACGUCUGACAACACAGACGUCACCUUAGUCGCCCAGCUUUCCAUGGACAGGCUUCAGAUGUUGGAGGCCAUCUGCAAGCACUGGGAAGGCCCCAUCAGCUUGGCGCUGUACCUGUCCGACGCCGAGGCGCAGCAGUUCCUGCGCUACGCCCAGGGCUCGGAGGUGCUCAUGAGCCGUGGCAACGUUGGCUACCACAUUGUCUACAAAGAGGGACAGUUCUACCCCGUCAACCUGCUGCGGAAUGUGGCCAUGCGACAGGUCAAUACACCCUACAUGUUCCUGUCCGACAUCGAUUUCUUGCCCAUGUACGGCCUCUACGAGUAUCUCAGGAAGUCAGUUGUUCAACUCGACAUGGCCGACGCCAAGAAAGCACUGGUGGUGCCAGCGUUUGAGACGCUGCGCUAUCGUCUGUCUUACCCCAAAUCCAAAGCUGAGCUGCUUUCUCAGCUUGACAUGGGAACUCUCUUCACAUUCAGGUACCAUGUGUGGACCAAAGGCCACGCACCAACUAACUUUGCCAAAUGGCGGACAGCCACCACGCCCUACAAGGUGGAGUGGGAGGCGGACUUCGAGCCUUACGUCAUGGUGAGGAGGGACAGCCCCGAGUAUGACCGCCGCUUCGUGGGCUUCGGCUGGAACAAGGUGGCACACAUCAUGGAACUGGAUGCACAGGAAUAUGAAUUAGUGGUCCUGCCCAACGCGUACAUGAUCCACAUGCCCCACGCGCCCAGCUUCGACAUCACCAAGUUCCGCUCCAACAAGCAGUACCGGGUCUGCCUCAAGACCCUGAAGGAGGAGUUCCAGCAGAACAUGUCCAGGCGCUACGGCUUCGCCGCCCUUAAAUACAUGACGGCCGAGAACAACAGCUAGCCCCCGCCCCCGCUGCAAUCCCUCAUCCGCCCCCCCUCCGUAACCACAAAAGACUACACUGUAGCGACAUAGGUGGGGGGGGGGGGUGCAGCGCCAAAACAAAGAUGGUGGAAUAAAUGAAGACUUUCUUCACCAUCCAAGUGAAAGUGAAAUAGUCACCUCCUCGGAUGUGGGGGGCGGGGGGGUAAAAAAGCAGUGGCGCCCCCUGCUGCAUUUUUAGGCUUCAGGCUGCGUGUGCAUGUGUGUGGCGUACACGCGGGCAUGGUGGGGGGGCAUCGUUGCAUCCGUGAGGAAAGCAUUUUGGACGACACCUUAUCAUCAUGGCGGUGAGACAAAUCGGUAAAGACUGAGGCGAGCGUCGUACCAAGACCACCGAGGUCGGCCAUCAGCUGCUGCGGGUCCAAAUCCCAACCCGUCCUUCCUUGUUUUUGUGUGAAUUUCAAUCAAAGACCACCUUCCCCCUUUCUGGCUUAUUCUUGCCUCUAGUUUGAUGACACCAACUGUAGGAGUGUAGUACUAGUGGAACCUAGUACCCAUAGUACCCAUCUAGUACCUCAUUUUAUUACAGUCGUUAUUAAAAGCCAAGAUGGCUACAUAACCAGGUCCGGUAGGGUUGGCUGAUACUGCAGUGUUGGCAUCAAACCCGUACCAAGUAAAUACGGAGCCGCUCGUGUGAUGCUCUUUACUUUUCAAGAUCUUUGCAUGAUUUGGUGACACCCCCCCCCCCCCACCCCCUUUAAUUUGAUCAAUAUUAUAAUUAGUAAAGGACAGUGUUUGAUCCGCCCACUCCUACGGUAAAUAUGGCCGCCACAUUCCAACCACACCAAGAAACAAAAUGUCUUCACAAAACUAGAAUGCUGAUUUUUAAGACUAAAUGUUCCACGUUUGGGAUGGAGCAGUGGAAACGCAACGUAAACAAUGUUUUUAUGUUUUAACUUGAUUUUUUUUAUGCGCUGAAAAUGUAUUUAGUUUGAGCUUGAACAUUAGCCUGCUGACCAUUUUAUUUAUUCUUUGCUUUUACUGUUGUCAAACUAGAGGCCUCUUUCUCCUUUUCCUCCUUUUCCUCCUUUUCCUCCAACCUCUCCCUCCGUGCAAGAAGGACACCGGGGGAUCAUACAGGUGUGUGUGUGUGUGUGUGUGUGUGUGUGUGUGUGUGUGUGUGUGUGUGUGUGUGUGUGUGUGUUUAUGUAUAGUGUGUGUGGGGGGGGGGGCUGCGGUGAGCAGGAGGUAGGACAGUGCUGACUGAUGCUGCUACUGGAAUAAAAGGAAAAAGUGUCAAACCUUUGUUUGUUUUGUCAUUGCUCUCCGUUGUCAUGGUAACACUGAAACGUGUCUGAUGUUGUGUUUGUAUAAAUCUGUAAACGAGGGCUUCUCAAACUAACUUCAA